GGGAGGCCUGCCUAGAAGCAAAAACAGAGUGGUAACCAUGGCCAAAUACUGUUCUUCUCUGCUGCUCCUCGGUUUGAGUUUGAGCGCGCUUCUAGUAGUGGCUUUUGGUGCUGGUGAUGGGGAAACUAAGAUCCGGACUUAUGAGCUCGAGAAAGAGGGAAGAUGUCUCUCAAGGUCACCAACUAUGGCGCCCAUAUGAUGUCUUUCAUCGUCCUGGACAAAUACGAGAAGAUGAAUGAUGUAAUUCUUGGAUAUGACACUGCUGAGGCUUACAAGGUGAGAUCCAUCGCCUAGCUAUGAUUCAUUUUAGUUCUUCGAUUUUCACUUUUCACCGUCAUCUUCCAAUCCUGAUCCACACCACCUUCAUUCAUGUCAUAGUAAAUGAUCAUCAC